AUGGCUACGCCGUGGGAGUCCUUAUGGUUGAAUCCCUAUGGAUCUCUUACCCUGGCAACAGCUGGGGUUUCCGUACUUUGUCCAAUAUCUUUCCUGCUUAUGAUAAUCUACAACAUCUACUUCCACCAACUCCGUUCUUUUCCAGGGCCAAAGUCUUACGCAGCCUCUCGGAUUCCCUACCUUAGGCAAAUCCUUGCUGGCACACUACACAGCGACUUACGUCGACUACAUGAAGAGUACGGGAGCGUCGUGCGUAUCGCUCCCAAUGACCUUUCCUUCAAGGACACCGACGCAUGGGAAGGUAUCUACGGAUUCCGGCCGGGCGUGCCCGAAUGGCAAAAAGACCGAAAGUUCUACGUUCGCAGCUUCGGGAAGACACAUUCAAUUAUUCAAGCUGAUACUGUUGGUCAUAGACGCGCAAGAAAACUGUUCCAGUAUGGUUUCUCGGAACAAGUGCUCAAGAAGCAGGAGAGGUAUAUGACUGUUUACAUCGACCUUCUCAUUGAAAGAAUGCGUGCAAAGGCGCAGCAGAUGGCAAGUGUCAAUCUAGUGAACUGGUAUAACUUCAUGUCGUUCGAUCUUAUCGGUGACUUGGUCUUUGGAGAACCUUUUGGCUGUCUUGCUGAUUCAGACUACCACCCAUGGGUUGCAAUGAUAUUUCGUUACAUCAAGUCGGCGGCAUACACGAAUGCUCUUUUGCGUAUGCCUGGCGGUGAGGCGGUGUUCAACUUCUUGAUGAAGUACGGCAUGCCAAAGAAGAUGCUGGCAGCACGAAAUGAUCACUAUAACCUGACAAAAAAUAAGGUGGAAAAGCGAAUGGCCACCGUGAACGACAGAGCUGAUUUCAUAGGCUAUAUUCAGACAGCUCAGAAUACAGAGAAAGGUUUGUCAGAGGAGGAAAUUAUCGCCAACGCAUGUGAUUUCAUUGUGGCGGGCUCAGAGACUACUGCGACGGUGCUUUCGGCGGCUUCGUACUUUCUCUGCCGCAAUUCGCAUGCGAUGGAAAAGCUACAGGAGGAGAUCCGUGGAACCUUUGACAAGGAAGAGGAGAUUAUUCUCAGCAGCGUGAAUACCCUGCCCUACCUUCUGGCAGUCCUUAACGAGACUCUCCGCAUGCAUCCACCAGUCCCAAGCGGCUUACCAAGGAUAGUGUCAGAACCAGGUGGGAUCAUUAGCGGGAGGCAUGUACCCGUGGGCAUUUCGGUUUCCGUCUCUCCUAUGGCCACAUACCGCGACCCAAAACAUUUCCGAGAUCCAGAUUCCUUUCGACCCGAGCGCUUCCUGGGGGAACCAUAUUUUGCAGAUGAUCAAAGAGCAGCUUUACAGCCCUUUGCCGUCGGACCUCGAAAUUGUAUUGGGAAAUCUCUUGCGCUGGCAGAGAUGCGACUAACCCUGGCUCGUAUGAUCUGGAAUUUCGAUUUCGACCUGGAUUCAAAGUGUGAGAGCUGGACGGAUCAGCAGGCUUUCCUCCUUUGGAUGAAGCCCCCCUUGUGGCUUAAGCUUACGGCAUUGGAGAAAAGGUAGCGUGACGAAUAAC